GCGGAGGGUGAGGGUCACUUCCGGUGAGCGGUUUCCGGUUCGGGAGCCGCUUCCGCCCCCCCCCCCGGUUUGUACGGAGAGUCGGCCGUUGGAGUAUGUGACCCCGCCGAGGCCCCGAUGAGUUCCAGCAUGUGGUACAUCAUGCAGAGCAUCCAGAGCAAGUACUCCCUGUCGGAGCGGCUGAUCCGGACCAUCACGGCCAUCCGCUCCUUCCCGCACGACAGAGUGGAGGACCUGAUCCGGGCGGGAGCCGACGUGAACUGUACCCACGGCACCCUGAAGCCGCUGCACUGCGCCUGCAUGGUGUCGGACGCCGACUGCGUGGAGCUGCUCCUCGAAAAGGGGGCCGAGGUGAACGCGCUGGACGGGUACAGCCGGACGGCCCUCCACUACGCGGCGGAGAAGGACGAGGCCUGCGUGGAGGUCCUGCUGGAGUACGGGGCGGACCCCAACGCGCCGGACGGCAACCGGGACACCCCCCUGCACUGGGCGGCCUUCAAGAACCACGCGGACUGCGCCCGGGCCCUCCUGGAGAACGGGGCGGCCGCCGACGCCCGGGACUCCAACCGGGACACGCCGCUCAGCUGGGCCGCCACGAAGGGCAACCUGGAGAGCGUCAGCGUCCUGCUGGACUUCGGGGCCGAGGCGCGGGCGGUCAACCUGCGGGGCCAGACGCCCGCCUCGCGCCUGGCGGCCCUGCUGGCGCGGGGCCCGGGGACGGCCAAGGAGGAGGCCUGCCUGGACCUGCUGCGCCGGGCGGCCGCCCGGCCGGAGCCGCGGGAGCCGGCCGGGCUCCGCUCCCAGCCGGCCCCGCUCAAGGCCCUGGCGCGCUACGCCGCCCGCCGCGCCCUGGGCCUCCGCUUCCUGCCCGAUGCCGUCAAGGGGCUGCCGCUGCCCGAGGCCCUGAAGGGCUACCUGCUCCUGCUGGAGUAGCCCGGCCCGCCGGGGCCGCCCCUCCCCGCCGCCCGGCCGCGACCUCUCUGCGGCCCCGAGGGCCGGGGGGUGACCUCUACCCAU